AGACCACUUUCGAGCAUCCAAAAGGCAAUUCAUUCAAAGCUUUGAACGAUCUACGCGCAGGGCUUCAUCUUCUCCCUCUUCGAAUGGCGCUUCGUAAAUUACUCUCGAAGCGUCUUUCUGAUACGUACAGACUGGCCUCACCGGCGGUUACUCUAGAACACCAAGCCACACUACCACCAAAUGCAGCCAAAACCAACUUCCACACAGAGUACCUGACCUUGCCGGAAUCCUCCGAGAAAGGAUGUUUCCGGCGUUUCCUUCAUCGGAAAGCCAUCAACCAGUUGCCUGAGUUCCUCUCCCUGCCAGUCGGAGAGAAGCUGAGGGAGAAGCUCAAAGGCAUCAACAAUAUUACCGGAGAACGGCUGCGCCUGGAUGGACUCGCUUCUCCCGUGAAGGAAACGGUUGCCAAAGAUCCUAAUCUGUUUGGAUUUUCGAUUGAGGAUGCGAGGAAACUUCUGAGGCUCUCUCUGGUGGAGAAGCUAAAAGCGAAGCUCAGGGAGAUUCCGAGGAGCUCAAUUUCGUACUCUGAGUUCGUUCAGAUGUGUGUUGAGGAGUGUGGGAAUGAAAAUCAAGGAAUUGAGUUUGCUAAGACGUUGGACCAGUCCGGAAACGUCAUCGUUAUGGGGAAUAUUGUGUUCCUCCGGCCCGAGCAGGUGGCCAAAUCAAUGGAGAAUAUAAUCUCUCAAUCGAUAUCCACUCGUAAUGACCCAAGAAGAAAUGAACUGGAGCAAAUGGAGCAACAAAAGGCCGUAAUCGACCAAAAGGCCCGAAGCCAAGUUCGGGGUGAGCUUUAUUGUGGAUUGGGCUUCCUGCUGGUACAAACACUUGGGCUCAUGAGACUCACUUUCUGGGAGCUCAGCUGGGAUGUUAUGGAGCCCAUAUGCUUCUUUGUCACCUCGCUUCAUUUUGUCCUGGCCUAUGCUUUCUUUCUUAGGACAUCCGUUGAGCCUUCUUUUGAAGGCUACUUCCAGCGAAGGUUCAAGGCCAAGCAGAAGAAACUCAUGCAAGUCCACAGCUUUGAUAUGGAAAAAUAUAAAGAGCUUCGAAAAGCGUUUUAUCCAAACUUGGGUUAUGGGCUUCCUCAGUCGGAACAUUAUAAGCAAUUGAACCGCGAUGAGGGAGCAUUUCUUAGAUCAAUGCACCAUUGAAAUAAGUUAGUAAAUUUCCAGCAAUAAAUAGUACAAAAGAACCAAAGUUUUGAUGAUGAACCUUGAUGGACUGAGAAGUUUUGUUGAACUCAGUAAUAGCCUAAAUUCAUUUUUGGAAUCUGUACAUUACAGGAGGAAUAGGCCCUGAUAUAUUGAACUUAUAUUUUGGAGGACAAUCACCAGAUUGGCCUGAGGACUUAGCACCAGAAUCAGUUGUAUCAUGGUCGACAUGUCAAUUGUCCACUAUGGUUAUGCAAUAGAUUCCCCUGCUAAAAUGUUCUUCAUUUUCUCCUUUGUGAAGCGUACAUGUCCGAAUACAAGUACCUUAAUUUUGUCUAAUAUUUCCUUCUUCAUGGUAAAAAUCAAAUUCUUUUUUCAAA